UCAUAAAAAGGUGGAGUUUGCCUGGAUUUCAUCGUCUCGCUAUUGGUGCAUUAUUAGCACACAGAGCCAAGGCUUUCAUUGUAGCACAAAGAAGAAGCAGCAGCCGUGAUUGGUUGGCGUUGAAAAUGACAGGCAGUCGCGCAGAGACGACCGAGCGUCGUCUCGCUGAACUUUAUGCCCGUGUAAUAUUUCUGCAUUGAGCCACGGCGACAGAAUAAAAGAAAGAGAGGGAGAGAGAGAAGGAAAGACAGGAAUAAAAAAAAAAGCACAUCGGGAUAAUAUUGUAUCUAUCGUUGAAUUCUUCUGCUAUAACUGUGUCCUGGCAGCACAGAGCGAACAACUUCUGAAUACACGCUGUGUGUUAAUCUCUAGACUUUUCUGACCGUGGCUGUUAUAGGCUACUGUGCGAUUACUACCACCAGAUUUUCAUCUCAGACUAGGGUUUGCGUGUCUGUCUGAAAGUGAAGAUAUAAUCUUACAACUUCAGCCCAUCGAACACACACAAAUACCAGUCAGCUGAUAACACAACACCACAUAUUUGGUGUCCACUUCUGCUCUUUCAACGGCCUUCAUGGUAUUUUGUAAUUUUAUCCUGCUCUUUUUUUUUCCUGGGAGUAUAUUGCUACACAGCAUGUUUGUAUGCUAUAAAUCGCAUCUAGCUGAAAAAACAUCGAAUAUGAAGUGAUUCGUAAAACAAAUCAAGGAGAAACAUACCAUCACAUCUCUCGUAAAAGAACUCAACAUUUCUCUCAUAUCGGAAUGAAUUGAAUUCUCCUCGUAACCAGAGACUUUUCAUCAAUCUGAAAAACUUUGCAGAAGGGUUGGUUUUUACUCCAGGUUUUGUUUUGUGCAUACAACCAACCCGCUUGAAGCGAGGUCGCUACAUGACGAGCCCGAAAGCUACCGGUAAACGCCCGCUAACCUCUCGCCGACAAGUCACGCUGUAACAAGCGGUCACCUGCUGGGCCAAUGCCGCCUUAUCAAGUGCAUCACACAUGUUCUUGUUAAACUUGGAACUGAACCUCUGAUUUGAGGCCAGCCUACAUACUUGUGGACAAAUUCAAAUAGACGUCAAGUGGAAUAUUGUGGUAGUUCUCUACUCCACUUAUACCACAUCGUACCCUUAGCAAUCUCAGCGGGCUACUGCCGGCGACAAGCCACUCUCCACAAUAGGGUAGCGAUCGCAGCGGAGGCGAACGAGAAGCAGCGGCCUUCAUGCUUUAUCACGCCGAUACCAACCCGUUAAUCCAACCUUCAUAUUACGCCUAAGGGGCGUGAGAAACACAGCAAGAAAUCUCCGGAAAACAAUCACUCAUAUUCCCCAUUUUCAUAUUUUUUUCGUCGUCGUUCGACGAUCUCAAGCGUCAUCAUUCCUACCCUCGUAGGAAUUGGAUCGGUUGACGACGGAGCAGGGUGGUCAGCAAAAAUGGUCCAAGUUUGUGCGGGCUGUGAACGGCCCAUUUUAGAUCGUUUCUUGCUGAAUGUUCUGGAUAGACCGUGGCAUGUUAAAUGUGUCCAAUGCUGUGAAUGCAAGGCCAAACUCACCGAAAAAUGUUUCUCGAGAGAGGGAAAGCUCUUCUGCAAGAACGACUUUUUCAGACGAUACGGGACAAAGUGUGCUGGUUGUCUUCAAGGCAUCCUACCGAGUGAUCUGGUGAGGAGAGCUAGGAGUAAAGUAUUCCAUCUCAACUGCUUCACAUGUAUGGUGUGUAGAAAACAAUUAUCUACAGGUGAAGAACUUUACGUGGUUGAUGAAAAUCAGUUCAUCUGUAAAGAAGACUAUCUCACCAAGUGCCAAUUAAGAAGACCAGAGCUCCCUGAUAAUGAUCAUUUCAACAAACCUCCUGGGUCCUGCAAUACUGCCCUCUCCAGUCACGAUUCAAGUUCACCUCCAGAGAGUCCAAGCACUGAAGAUAUGAGUCUACUGGAAGCCGAAAGUGAUGUUACGUCACCAUCUCUUGGUGUCAUUACUGCUUCGACCCCGGAUGACAUAGAUCGUGUCAAAGAGGCAUCUAACAUUAUGAAUAACAAUAACAACAGCAACAACAACAACAAUCAUGAUAAUGGAUUGGAAAACAGGGAGAAUGAAAACACGACAGGGAUUCCAGUAAGUGGGGCUAAAAGAAGAGGACCUAGAACCACCAUUAAGGCUAAACAGUUAGAAACACUCAAGGCAGCAUUCGCAGCUACACCCAAACCAACUCGUCAUAUCAGGGAACAACUCGCACAGGAAACAGGGUUAAAUAUGAGAGUUAUUCAGGUCUGGUUUCAAAAUAGACGAUCGAAAGAAAGGCGAAUGAAGCAGCUGAGUGCGUUGGGGGCCAGACGACAUCAUUUCUUUAGGAAUCCAAGGCGCAUGCGCCCUUUACGUGGUCCAUUUGAUGUAGAGAAUAACCCAGAUAUGAUGGGAAGUCCUCCAUUUGGAUACGAUGCAGAUGGUAAUCCUGAUUACUAUGGACCAGCUGGUUAUUUUGAUUACUUCCAUCCUGGUCAUCCAAAUGGUCCACCUUCAUCAGAAGCACCAGUUCAACCAACCGAUAUGAAUCCUUAUAUGCAGCACCCACCAGUAUCACAAGGAAAUCAUCCUAUGGAUCAUCAUAUCCCAGUAUCUCAAACAAGUCUUGGUGGAGGAAUACCUUCUGAUGGGGGUGAAUAUCUCUCUGGUAAAGAUAUUAAUACCAGUCCAGAGCCUAUGCAGCAUUUACCGCCCGUCUCAGCUAAUGGAGAUAUGUUCCACCAUCACCCACAUCAUCCUCAUCCUAUGGGAGAAAGAUUUGGUCCACCGAGAGGGGGCGCUCAUCCACCUCACGUGAACGGUUUCCGGGGUGUACCUCCUCCUCAUCAAGAGCUUGUGGAAGGAGUGUGGUGACGAACUUUAUUAAAAGACACUUGUCUGCGAACUAUAUCAGAAUUUUAUUUCAUCCUGGAUAAAGAAAAUUGAUUUAUGAGAAUAUAUAUCGUUAUUGACAUUGUUCUGUGACAUAGGCUCUUGAAAAGAACUACUGAAAAUGUUUUUUCAUCAUGUCAAAAUGUAUGUAACUUUCACAAGUAUUGAAUGUUUUUCACUUCUGCGACUGUGUUACAUGUGGACAUUGAGGCUGAGUAUAUUCUUCUAAUGGAUUUCGGCUGACAUCAAUACAGCAGUAUUAUUGUUAUUAGUAAUGUAGUCAUCACGUGUCUUGGACAAAUAAACUUCUUUAAAUGAGCAGAAAAUAUGAUAUUUGCCAAAAUAUAUAGACAUACGACUUUCAUGACUGCUCAGUUUAAUAGUUCAUAAAACGCUUUAUUUAUUUUUGUUUUUUGAGGUCAUUAUCUCGUCAUGGCGUCUAGUAACUCGUAUGUGGUAUUGAUUUCUUUUGUAUUAACCGUGAUGAUCCUUCAUAUUUUUUCAAAAGUAAUUUUAAACAUACAGACAUUAAAAAACAUUCAUUGAUGUAUUCUUGCCCAUUUAUACCCAUCUUAAUUUACUCAAUGAUUGUUUGAUAACAAUGUUAGCCUUAGAUUGUAUAUUCCACGCCGUGCUUCUUUGCAUCAAAAUUGAAUGUAAAUGUGAAAAGAAAUGUAUUGCUGUCUAGAAUUCCAAUUAGAAAGUUUGAUGCACCGUUAAGUGAGUGAGUCAAUGCUUUAUCGUUAUAAUGAAAAUGUGCAAUUUGUAUAGAACAUAAUCAUGCUUGUAUUGACUACACAAUAUAAUUUAAAUUCUUAAAAUUUAAACUUGGUUGAGGAACGCGGCCAUUGUCAUCUCAUUUUCUUUAUUCUCUAUAUUUGGAUUCUCACUAAAUAAGCGGGAUUCAAGUCUCAAGAUUGUUGGCCCCAUUAUUACAGUGACUAUCGGCAUUGAAAUCUCGGUUCUUUCCCUCAAUCUCUUUUAUUAUUAUGCUCAUACUAGUAUAUUCAUUAUAGGACAAAAAUAUCAUCCAUGCGUCAUUAUCCAUCAGCCACGAAAUCUCGAUCUUUUGAAAUUCUCUCAUUAUGACCUCCUCAAUCUCGCUCUGCCUCUAUCCGCUCCUCUCUCUCUCUCCCUCUCUGUCUUUCUCUCCAUGUUUCUCUAUUUAUGUCUCUAUCUGUGUCUAUCUUUUCCUUUAUCAAUCUUUCUCUCGUCAAUUCCUUUCUUUUCCUUUUCCUCUCAUUUCUUUGUGUACCAUCCUUCUUUUAUUUUAGAAUAGCUUUUAUAUGAUAAUCUACAUUAUUUUAUACAGUGGCAGAUCCAGGGUGAUGGGGGGGGGGGUGUUAGGGAAUUUAAAUCCCCACCUGGUGCUUCCUAAAAAAAUAAACAAGGAGGGAAGUGUGAUCAAACUCAAACACCCUUUCCCUUUUCCAAGUGGCGGAUCUACAGGGAGGGGGGGGCUGUACUCAUCGUUAUUGGGUCAACCAAUGUGUCGAACCCCUUCUUAGCAAAAAUCUAUAUCCACCACUGUCUCAUGUUCAUGUAGUAUCAAUAAAUGAUAAUUUUAUUAGCAUUUUUCCGUAUCUCAUGAAAUCUGGAGCUGACCAAUAGUUAACUGAGAUAUUUGGGACUAUAUAUUUUUAUUACUUGUUCUUUUUCCUUGACAACAUUAUCGGUGGACCUUGUUAUGCAUUAUUGACAUCGACAAAUUUAAUAUCAAUAUUCACCCUUUUUUCUGUUGAAACAUGAGGUUUGAUACAGGGUAAUUGUAUUCAAUGAAGUGAUGAAGUAAUGGAGUUUAAAUUCGAUUGAUUUAUUUCCUCUCCGUUAGUUUAACUUCCUAUAUAUCCUUUACCGGGAAUAAAAUCAAUUUAUGAACACCACACACUAACCUAAAAACUGUAUACUCGUGAGUUUUUCGUGGUUAAGUAAUCUCAUUCCAUUGGGGAUAUUUGAUGCCAAAUAAAGUAAAAACUUAUAUGAAUUUUACCAUCCUUAGAGAUGAUUUUUUUCUUCUAAAAAUGCAAAUGUUCCAGGAUAAACACGAUAGGGAAGCGAAUAUGUAUAGCACAGAAUGCUUAGGAAUGUAUGGAGUAACAUUGAAUUCUCACAAUGACUUGUUAUGUAAUAAGAAGAGUCUAGCUAUCAGGUUUGGAUUCAUGUUCGUUAUGGAACAAGCCUUAUGAAUGUUGUAUAAUAUUCUUGAAGUUUAAAUGAGGAAUUGUAAUGAUUUACCAAAACAUGCCAAAUGAAUGGUUAUGUUUGAAUUUUAAAUUGAUCGGUGAAUCUAUGCAGAGUCUUCAAGUGAGAGAGAGAGAGAUAAAGAUAAAUGUAUUCAUUCAUUUUCUUCACUUUAAAGCGAGCUUUCGAACAAUUUUCUUUUGUAUUCAGAAUUAUCGCCACUUUAGUAGAGUAUUCAUAUUUGUGAAGUAUUCCUUCGAUUUUUAUAAAAAAAAACUUAUUUCAACGAUUGGCGUGAGCUUUCGAACAAAUAACAUGUAAGAAUGAUAUAUCAUGGAUAUACGAGUAGAUUUAUAAUAUUCAUUGCUGAAGAAUGUUGUAAAACCUUAUUUCUUAUCAUGUUCCUGCGGUUUUAGGCAAUACGUCAACGUACUUUCAUACACACUGUAUUCAAUACAGCCAGUGUUCAUUUCAAUGUUUAUUAUAUAAGGGGACGGAAUAUUAUUAUAUGGGGUUCAGUUUUUAAUAGUGGAUCUGAGUAAAAUAAUUUAUCAUCUCCUAAUAACUUUACUCCUUAUGCUCAAGGAUGAUAGUUAGUGGUAACAUGUGGAAGAGGGGAGGGGGGGGGGUAGAUCCACCUACAAUCAAAUGAAGAGAGAGAGAGGGGUAAUUGGUUGUUCAGCUGAAAGAGUAUCUUAAUUAAUUUUAUAUUCUGAAAAAGGGUGCUGUUAAAAACUGGAUCGCUAUAUUUUUAUGUUUUAUCCAUAAUUAUUUUGGUUAACGGAUGGUCCCCCGUAAAGCAUAAAUAUUGUUCCGAUUAGGUACUCUUAAUUAAACCAUAAUUAAACUUGUGUUCUUGAUAUUCUUUUAAUCUAUGUUUUCUAUCUUUCAUAUCGUAAUCAACUCUCUUUCAAUUAACGCAGUCGAAUUUAAUGCAAUGUAAAUAACAGAUGGAAGAUUCUUCUCAUUGUGCACAUGUGUGAUUUACUUUAAUUACGCAAGAGCACUUUGACUGCGUCAUCUUUUUAAGGUAAAUGAUGUGGUAAUGAAUACAAUAGAUGUAUUUGGACGAAGAUAAAAAAUUAUAUAUUUGUUUUAUUUCUCAAAAUGUUUCAAUAUAUUUUCAUGUUGUUUUUUCUCUGUCAUUCUUUUCUUUAUUUUAUUCUCUCUACCACUUUCUCUCAGUAUUGUCAUGUUUUUGUGAGACAGAUUUGUAUGUACUAUUUGACUUUGUAUAAUUAUUUAAUUUAAAUGAUUAAAGUUACCUGACUUCUUCAUUUAAAAUCCAUGUCUUUAAUUGCGUUGUUGAGUCAGUGAUAAUAAUGACUUCACAUUUAUAUGCGUUUGAUAUUUUCAAUGCGUUUGUGAAUGAAUUUUGUGUAUUAUAGAUAAGAAGAAAAUAGUGA